UUAUUUUACAGAUUCAAAAGAAGUAAAUAAAGCCUGAAAUAUGUCUACUGAUCAAAUUUCCUACUCUGAGAAGUACAAUGAUGAGAAGUAUGAGUACAGGCAUGUUAUCCUUCCAAGUGACAUUGCUAAGCUGGUCCCGAAGAAUCACUUGAUGACAGAGACAGAAUGGAGAAACCUAGGGGUGCAGCAAUCUCCAGGGUGGAUCCAUUACAUGGUGCAUACACCAGAACCUCAUAUCCUACUGUUCAGGAGACCAUUACCACAGACUACCCCACACCCAGCAGCCAUGGCAACCAAAGUCAAGUAGGACCUGCCAUUGAAGCAAAGAUCUGUGAUUCCAAGCUAUUUGUUCUGUAUUACUUUCAAUAUUAUUUUACAUUGCAAAUAGUGGUAUUUAGUGUAUACAACUAGUGCUGUUUUAUUUUUUUGUUGUUUUUGUAUUGUCUUGAAGGAUAUUUCCAGCAAAGAUUAUCUGAAGGGGUGAAACUGCUAAUUAUUUUUUUUAUUGAUGGGGAGGAGACAUCUUCAUAAUGUUAAGAAUUUGAUAUCGUUCCUGUACACAAAUCCUUGACAAAAGUCGCUAUUUAAAAGUCAGAUUAUAAAGCUACUAUUUCAUUUGUUCCCAGUUUUAGACUGGGAACUAAUCAGAAAAAGGCUUUAAUUGAGGAUAAAACUAUGUAUACAAAAAAUGAAAGAUGACAGUGUUGAAUUUCUGACCAAUUACCUCAAAUAAAAUAUCAGAGAUUAAUUUUUACAGAUCUUUCACCUCACAAUCACAAUUAAAAGAGGUGCUGAGCUAUGAGCCAUUAGAAAAUGAUGAAUUGUUGAAUAUGUAUGUCAUUUGUGUAUUAAUACACUGAACAAAAUUUUUCAAAAAACAAGAUUUCGAUCUUGAAAAUAAAUAGCACCAAAUGAAAAAUUAAAAAAGCCAACUUUUGUGCAUUUAAACUUUUUUUUUGUAAUCUGAAUGCCAAUUUCAUGCUCUUACCAAACCUUUCUUAGAAAGAGAUAUUCUCACUGGUUGGUUUAUUAUAAAUUAUUUACAAUGUACAUCAUGUGUAGCUACAAAACCAAAAUUUUUCAAGGGUUUGUGUAAAGGAAUGAUAUCAUAAAUCCUUAAAAUUGUGAAGAUGGGGAGGAGGUUGAUGACAUGUGGGGGUCUUGUGAAGUUUUGAUCUUCAGGGAAUGUUAGUAUAUAGCAUUUUUAAUUUAAAAUGAGCAUAGAAAUUAACAAUCAUUAAAACUCUUCAGCUUACUAGAAUUUCUUCCACCAUAGAUCUGGAGGACCUAAUGGUCCCAAAAAUGUAUUUUUAACUUAUUAAAUUUUCAUUUAUUGGCAAUGGGUUUUUUUUUUAGCUCACCUGAGCCGAACGCUCAUGUGAGCUUUUCCGAUCACAUUUUGUCGGGCGUCCAUCCAUCUGUCUGUAAACUUGUCACAUUUUCGACUUCUUCUCAGGAACCACUGGGUCAAUUUCAACCAAACUUGCCUUAAAGUAUCCUUGGGAGGGGAUUCAAGUUUAAUCAAAUGAAGGGCCAUGCCCUCUUCCAAGGGGAUAAUUACAAAUUAGUGAAAAAUUAAUAGCAUCUUUUAAAAAUCUUCUCAAGAACAACUGGGCCAGGAAAGAUGAAACUCAUGUGGAAUCAUCCUCAGGUAGUGCAGAUUCAAUUUUUUUUCAAAUGAUGACCCUCAGGGGUAGGGUGGCCCACCGUGGGAACGAAAUGGACAAUCAAAGUUUACAUAGGAAUAUGUAGGAAAAAUCUUUAAAAAUCUUCUUCUCAAGAACAACAUUGUCAUGAUUGGUUAUAUUUAUAUGGAAGCAUCCUCCAUGUCCUCAGGUAGUGUAGAUUCAGAUUUUUUCAAAUCAUGACUCCAUGGGGUAGGGUGGGGCCACAAAGGACAAUCAAAGUUUUACAUAGGAAUACAUGUAUAUAGGAAAAAUCUUGUUCUCAAGAAAGACAAAGCCAUGAUUAGUGAUAUUUAUAUGGAAGCAUCCUCAGGUAGUGUAGAUUCAAGUUUGGUCAAAUCAUGACCCCAGGGAUAGGGUGGGGCCACCAUGGAGAGCAAAGUUUUUCAUAGGAGUAUUUAGGAAAAAUCUUGUUCUCAAGAACAGCAAAGCCAUGAUUGGUUAUAUUUAUAAGGAAGCAUAUUCAGGUUGUGUAGAUUCACAUUUGUUCAAGUCAUGACCCCCUGGGGGUAGGGUGGGACUACAGUGAAGGUUCAAACUGAGAGAAAAAAAGACACAGUUAGUCAAAGAAAUAUGUAAGCAUCCUUAGUUAGUGUAGGUUCAAUUUUGUUCAAAUCCCCCCCCCCCCCCCCCCCCUUUACGGGUAGGUUGGGACCACUUAAGCUUUUCAAUGUUGAACUGAUUUUUGCUUUUUUCCUAGCCACAGUGCUCAGGUGAGCAAUGUGGCCCAUGGGCCUCCUGUUACAUUUAUAUUUGAAUAUGUCAAUUUAGCGUGUAAUAUAAAUAAUUUAAAUAUUCUUGAAUAUCAUAUAAUUGUGGUAAAUGACUGAAGAAUUUUGUUUUUUGGUAAUAGAGUUUACAGAGUUAAGAAUUUGGUUCUUAUUGAUUUUGGGAUUCUAUUUUUUUUUUUUUUUUUUUUUUCGUUUACUAUUAAUGGGGAUUGGGUGUUUCACUCCUUUGGGUGAUUUUUACUGGAAUGUCCCUAUAGUUGAUUUUAUGAAUACUUUUAUGUGAAAGUAUCAGAAAUACUUUUGGAAAUUUACAGAGGUAUUUUGUUUCAGUUGGUUGUUAUUACAAUUUUACAUGGUCAGUGUUUCAUAUUAUGGCAAUUCAGUAAGGCUUUUACUGGCAUUUUUAGUGUUAAUUUUAACAUGGAAAGGCUUCAAUUUUUUUUUUUAAUUUUGUUGUGGAAUCUCAUAUAAACAUGUUUAAGCCUUUUUUCACUGUUCAUUGCAAAUCUAAUCAUCACUUUAAUUCAUCCAUCCCAAAACCUACAGUUAGAAGACAAAGCUAAAAUUUGUCAAUAUACUCUUUGUUUAUGUGCAUUAAUAUCUUUGUCAAAUCGUAAAUGACAAAAAAAAAAUGUUAUUUGUUACACAGAUGUACAAUGUACUUGUUUUUAUUAACUUCAGUUUUUAAAAUAAGAAGUCUUGUGUUUUUUUGUUUUUAUUUUCCCAUUUUUUAAGAAAAAAAGAUAUUGAUGUAUACCAUAUCUGCUGGGUAAAAAAAAGAAAACAUGGCUCUGAAUAUAAAACUGUAUGUUCACUAUGUUGGAGACCUUUCAAUAAUACAAGAUUUUUUUGCCAGUGUUAAUUAUCGUUGGAUGUUUUAAAUUAUCAUUGGUCAGUAAAAUGAACAAACAUACAAAUGUGUUGUAGACCUUCUCACAAAAUAUAUUAUGACCAUGACAAAAAUUUUCAAAUUCUUUUAAAAGAAUCCAGGGUAUGGUAAGUCACAAAAAAAAACAUAUUUCUAUUGCACUAAAAUGUAUUGUAAAUAUUUACAAAAACAAUGAUUUUUUUAAACAAAAAAUUGCAGAGUUGUAAAAUUCUAAUCUUAGUUGUAAGAUUUUCUGUGAAAAGGCCUACAGUUUCACGAUGUCUAGCUUUAAUGAUUUACAAGGAAGCACUUGUAAAUACAGUAUAUUCGUAUACAUGUACUUAGUGUAACUUAAUUUUCAUAAGAAUAAAGUUCUUAUAAAUUAGAUAA